CGAACUGAAGUACUGAACCUUCUCCAACCCUCGCUCUCCCUCCGUUUUUAAUCCCCCGUCUCUCUCUGCCACCGAAACUCCGCACGAAACCUCCCGUCGCCACGCCGCAGGAAGAGCCCAGACAGAACGAAGCGAGCCGGCCGGCGAUAUCGGGGAAUGGCCAUGGACGCGGCGGCGGCGAUGCUGAAGCGGAAGGUCGCGGAGGCGCCGGAGCCGUGGCUGCUCGACGGGGUUCCCGUCCCCGCCACCAAGAUCCGCCGACUCGACGCGGAGGUGCCGCCUGUUGAGCCCGGCGCGGGCGUGCCGCCGCCGCCGCAGCAGCCGAUUUUCGGGGUGGAGGAGUUGCGUAUGUGCGGCGAAGAGGCGGCCCCGGCCGUGGGCGUGAGCGUGGGGCCAGUGGCGGUGAACGAGGAGCGAGCCAUCGUGGUGUACCAGCCCACCGAGGCCGCGCGCAACCUCCUGCUCGGCCCGCUCCGGCCGGGGGUUCCUCUCCGCGUCAACCCCGACUGGAUCCGCGGGCUCAAGAGCACCAUGCUGAAAGAGGCGAGCAACCACAGGGCGCUGUUCGAGGAAUCCAGGGACGACAACCCCAACCUGGCCAUGGUCCCUUGGUCGCCCGCCCAGGCCCAGGCCGCCUCCAGCUCCACGGCUGCGGGCGAGGAGAUGAUGGACGCUGAUCAGGACUGCGACGGCGCGUCCAUGGACGUCGACCACGACGGGAGCGGCCAGCCCGCACCCCCCACCGGCGUCGCGCCGCAGGGGGAGGCGUUCCACCUCCAGCCGCAACAUCAGCAGUGGCCGCCGCAGCACUGCAUGGCGCCGCCGCAGCAGCUCCCGGCCGCGAGCUACCAGACAAGCCCGGUGUCGUGGUCGUGGUGAAUGGCGCGAUCGAGAGCGGGAAGACAUGGCAGUGAACAAUGAUUGAUAGAAGAGGACAUGGCAGCGAAUAGCGAUAGCCGAUAGGAGGAUCGAUUCGUGUUCCCGUGAGAUGAUGCCAUCCGGUUUUGCAGGGGGCAGUGAAGUUCUUGUCUCAUGUGUGCCAGUGCCCCUCUGGGAUUUGAGUAGUGAAAUUGGACCAUGUUGGUUUCUUCCCCUUUUUCAGUUUUGGAAGAAUACGAAAUGCUUCCAAUUUCAGUUGUGUUCCAUGUUGUCGGAACAUCUAUGGUA